CGACGUCGUGUCAUCCCUAUCCGGCGCCCCUAGCGUGAUGAUGCAGUUUCUGGGCGCGAGCACGCUCCAGGGGCGCGCACGCUGACAUUCCGAGUGACUGAGUGGCUGGAAGGGCUUAGACAGACGGAGAGCGGGAGACGAUGCAGAUCACGCUGAAGACCCUCCAACAGCAAACCUUCCGCAUAGAUAUCGACUCCGAGCAGACGGUAAAGGCGUUGAAGGAAAAGAUUGAAGCAGAAAAAGGAAGCGAUGCUUUUCCAGCUGCUGGGCAAAAGCUAAUCUAUGCAGGAAAGAUCCUCAAUGAUGACACACAACUUAAAGAUUACAAAAUUGAUGAGAAGAACUUUGUAGUAGUUAUGGUAACCAAGCCUAAAGCAGCUCCUGUGCCUGCACAACCAACAACACAGCCAGCUCCAGUGCCUGCUUCAGUGAGUACCGCUUCAGCUGCGUCCACCUCAACUACAACUUCAGCUACGGCUCCAGCUUCAACUGCAGUUCCAAGCUUAAUUGCAGAUUCAAUUUCACCUUCAAGUCAAACUUCCAACUCUAACCCUAGCCCAACCUCAGGUGCCACAUCUAUUGCCCCUGCCUCACCACCAGCUAUUGUUCCGACGUCUGAUUCUUCUAGUACAGUUACAGAGGAAAAGCCAAAGGAAGAAGAAACAAAAGAAGAAACCAGUGCCGUUUCUGAAGCACUUAACCCAAGAUCUGUGGCUGAAGAAAUUGACUUGAAUUUGGUGGAAACAGCCUCAUCCACAUUAGGUAAGCUUAUAGAAAGGAUUUAUCACUGCUGAAACAUUAGGCACAGAGUAU